AUGUUUAGUAGGGCAGCGAGCAAGCGUUCGGUCUUAAUCGUAAUUAUAUCUGGUGUAACUUUAGGAUUUGAGCCUCUUGGACUGUAUUAUUUGGAGAGUAACUGGGUGAUAAAUUACUGCAAAGUGCAAGAUGUAGUGGAUCCUUUGCAACUACAUGUAUCGGAAGAUUCAACAAAUACGUUGACUGUGAUCAACAAAAUAGGUAAGUUUGGCUUUGAAGGCUCAGCUUUUACGUUUGUUAUCCUGGCUGUAGGACGAUUAUCAGCAGAAAAACGGAAUGCUAUUUUAUCUUCUGCACGUUUGCUGACUGUACUCACUGUGGGAAGACUUGGGAUCGAUUCAGAAGUAAUUGACUUGCAUAGAUGCUUUGGGGGAACAGCGACACCGUUGAGGCAGUCGAGUGUGAAGCAAAGAGGGUUAAACUUUUUGGACGACAUAGACUUUGACUAG